AGAAACGAGUCCGCCAUGUUUAAUCACAUGACAGCUGUGGAGCGGAGCGAGGCGCAUCGUCGUCGGCCGAUGUUUUGGAGGCUCGGCACGAGCGGGAUGUAGGCUGGACGUCUACUCAGCCGCGGCCCGGACCGAGGAUCCUGCUGUGCAGCGCCCUUAUCACCAUGCGGCUCUCGUGACCAAACUCGGACAUCGCGCAGGGACGAGCAAUCGGCGGCAGCGACGCUCGGGCAGCGUUCACGGUCCGUGGACGGACGCGAGCUCGUCGGACAAGGCAGCGCUGAAACAGUACCGGUCCUGCAGCGAUCCGCAAACCGUUUCGAGCAAGGUGAAGGACCUUGGGGCGGGCGUUUUGUUUGCGCCGCUGGGACCGUGCUGCAGGAAACGACGACUGUCCGCUCGAACGCUGCCGCUGGGACGGUCGGACAGGGCGGAGAAGGAAGCUGCCUUGUCCUCGGCGACUCGCUCUUGUACCCGCAUUUAUUCCCCUUUUUUUACUUUGUUGCCCCGUCGGCGUUGCAUACCGCAAUUGAUCGCCUGCGAGGAGCGUCUCGGAAGGACCAUCCGUCGUCCCGUGUUGUGAAGUGAGUGACGGGCUCCUAAAAAGGAAGCGGCGCGAUGCCCGGAGGACGCCGGCGGAGGUGCGCGCGCUCGAGGUCCGUCCUCGGCGGACGGACGACUCGCCUCUGACGCCGACCCUUCUGUUCGUCGCGUCGGGUGGACCGAGGGUUCCCCUCGAAGAAAGCGAGUCAAGCUGGCUACCUUCAGCGCCAGGGAGAAGGCGGCGGUGAUGUCCGAGUACCAGUGGGCGUACUCGCUGGUGGACUCCUCCCGCGUGUCCACCUUUCUCAUCUCCAUCCUGCUCAUAGUCUACGGCAGCUUCAGGUCGCUCAACAUGGAGCGGGAGGCCAAGCUGAAGGAGAAAGAGCGGAAUGGCCAGGGAGUGGACACCAACGUGCAGACUCUAGACACGGUGCAGGCCUUGUGCCUGCCCCUGGGGGCGUCCAUCUCGCUCCUCGUCAUGUUCUUCUUCUUCGACUCCAUGCAGAUGCUCUUCGCCAUCUGCACCGCAAUAAUCGCCACCAUCGCCUUGGCCUUCCUGCUUCUGCCCAUGUGCCAGUACCUCAUCAGGCCCUGCACCAACGGGAACAAAAUCUCGUUUGGGACGUGCGGCCGGUUCACAGCCGCCGAGCUGGUCUCCUUCUCCCUCUCGCUGGCCAUCGUGUGCGUCUGGGUGCUCACGGGACACUGGCUCCUCAUGGACGCCAUGGGCAUGGGCCUGUGCGUGGCAUUCAUCGCCUUUGUGAGGCUCCCCAGCCUCAAGGUGUCCACACUGCUGCUCACGGGCCUCCUCAUCUACGACGUCUUCUGGGUAUUCUUCUCGUCGUACAUCUUCAAUGCCAAUGUGAUGGUUAAAGUGGCUACCCGACCUGCCGACAAUCCUGUGGGGCUAGUGGCCAAGAAGCUGCACCUUGGCAGCAUGGUCAGGGAGGCACCCAAGCUGUCGCUGCCCGGAAAGCUCGUCUUUCCCAGUGUUCACAACAGCGGCCACUUCUCCAUGCUGGGACUAGGAGACAUUGUGAUGCCGGGGCUGCUGCUGUGCUUUGUGCUGCGCUACGACGCCUACAAGAAGGCCCAGCUGAGUUCGGCGGAGACGGGCCUGCCGCCGCCCAACCACCUCAACAAGAUCUCCUACUUCCACUGCUCCCUCAUCGGAUACUUCCUCGGCCUGCUGACUGCCACGGUGUCCUCCGAGGUGUUCAAGGCUGCCCAGCCAGCCCUCCUCUACCUGGUGCCCUUUACUCUGCUUCCCCUGCUCACCAUGGCAUACCUCAAGGGCGACCUGAGGCGCAUGUGGAGCGAGCCCUUCAUCACCCCUCCCCCUUCGAAGCACCUGGACGUCUGACGAGCGCCGGGCCCCGGGACGCCGGUCACCCAUCGUCGUGCGAGUCUUCGCUCCGGGACGUGCUUACCCUCAUUGUGCGUGUUCUCGACUCGGCGGACGGAAACUCUGGCCCCAGCUGCACCCGACCCCAGCCCGACGUCCACCAUCUGCGUCGCCGUGUACAUAGUCACCCGCGUGCCCACGGUGCCGGCUGUCCCGCGUCGUGCGUGCUUUUUACUUCCCCUCAUCUCCCCCUGCGCGUCCUUAUUUAUGCGGUUGCUCCGGUCGCCCCUUUCGUCCUGCCCUUGCGCGGUUUCCGAGCUGUUCCGGAGUCUGCGUCGAACGGACAACCUUCGCGAAUACAAAUUUAGUUGUGUACGAGAGUACCGAUGUGCAGUUUCCCGUUUUUUUUUGUUUUUUUUUCACCGUUACGUUUUAAUUGGGGAUCUUGGUCGUACGGUUCACAUCCCCGAGACGUUCAUCCGACAGAAGCUUGAGCCGAACAAAUGGGUUUGGGGCUCCGAAUCGUAGUGCGUAGCGAGAGAUGAUAGGGAUGCUGCGUAAAAUUGGAUGCUCCUCGCUGGGGCUGGUUGCAAACCAAACGACUUUGGACCCUUGGGACUGACCUUCCCGAAAGAGGCAAUUUUAAAAGAGAGAGAUUCAUACUAACAAUGCGUGUCGACUAAGGCUCGCCGAACGCGCGCAAGUCUGCGAUCGAGGGGCGGCGUAGGUGUUUUUCUUUGUGCACCUUUGCAUUUCUCGAUUACCUUGCAGGCACAUCCAACGCCGCUUGGUCCAAACCGUUCCGUGUCUGCCAGCCUCCUUGACGAGCCGGAAAAGGCGACUGGUACUCGACUCGCGAUUCAAGGUUGUGCCGUACGUGGCAUGCGUGGGCUUUCCUCAUGGGGGACGUCGCGCGCUGCACCUAGCCCAGUCGGACAGGAAGACCGCCGUGCGCGGAAACGACAGCGGCGUAACAAUCUCGAUGGACAAGCGACACGGAACAAAGCGUCGGCUGGCAUAUUGUCGGCGCCGACCAACCCUUUCACAGCGCCACAGUCCUUUAUCUUUCGCGCCGUCGGACCUCUUGAGCUGUUUACUCCUUAACCGUUUGGGAUGAGCCUAGCUCGUAUGUGUGGAGCCAUCCCUAAACCGGUCAGGAUGGCUUGUCUGCUUUCCCCGGUUUAUGCACUCAACCGUUUUGAACGAACUAGCCGACCCUAUAAUAUACACAUGCAUUUUGACCCCCCCCCCAUCCCACCCUCCACACCCCGAGUCAUGGACACCCCCGCCACAUUGACUCCCCCCCCCCCCCCCCCCGGAAAAAAAAAAUUGUGGCUACGCAAAUGAAGGGCAUCGGGGAAUAUUUUUCUUAAAAUUUUGCUCUCAUUCUGUUUGUGGCUAGAAACUUGACUUUGAAGGCAACAGAUGUGAUUUUCGAGGGAAGGGCUAAGCAGCCGAGGAUCAUAAGCUCCUCAAAACUAAAAAGAGUUCAGGGGUUAAGCACCCGCCAUUGUUUUUCUGCACGCACACUCUGCAAAUUGCGCACAUCCUGCGGACCGCGACGUGCCACCCUCCUCGUCUCGUUUCUCUUCUCGAGCCUCUUCCUCACUAGUCCCCUCUCGCUUUGUGCUUGGACACUCCCGCGUGGUGCGCUCUCGACCCUGCGGGGCACUCCGUUCUCUUUGCCGGGCGGUUUCCUGGCGGCAGCUCGCACGCCGUCUCUCUGCCGACGUCUUCCCGGGAUCGGGGAUAAGCGCCGCCGGAGACACCGUGGGCUUCUGCGGCAGCCGUACUGUCGUAGCGUGCCGAUUAUUUAUUAAUUGCAUUCCCUUCUCCGACGACGAAUCGACGAGUAACCGUACCCAUCGUUCAUGAAAACGAGGUCACAGAGACAUAUUUCAUACUAGAUGAUAGAUAUAUAAAUAUAUACGCGAGGAAAGCGCGCCUGGCUUCCAGUGUGGUGUUGCCGUGGGUCUGCCGCCGCUCGGCUCUGCGGUCUGCUUCGAGACGGCAGCUGACUGGUGGAAUCGUCUGAGCGAUUACGUGCAAGGUUUUAUAUCGUGAAUCCUAGUGUGUCUGUUGCGCAGUGCCUGCUUGUUGGUGUGUGUAUCCCGAGAGGAAUGGCUGCGAGGAAGGAGUUAAGUUUGGGGCGCUUUUGGCGAGUCUGAGCAGGUGUUAGAUGAACAGGCACCCAGCUGUUUCCUAAACGCCAGGCACAUAGUGCGUGUGGACAUUCGAGUGGCUGUUGUUUUAGACUUUUUGUCUGUCUGGUUUUGUAAUAAAGCCUUAUAAAGGAA